AUGAACAUCUUCAGCCACGCAAAUCUAGGCACCACAGAGGAAAAAGGUGACGAUGCAAAGAGGACUAUUAUUGCAGGAACGGACAUUGUGGGCGACAUACUGAAGACGACGCUUGGGCCGAAGGGGAUGCUCAAGAUGUUGAAGGGACAGAGUGUCAAUGUAACUAAUGAUGGGGCAUUUAUUCUCAAGAACCUUAUGAUUGACAGUCCAUCUGCUAGGAUAUUGAUUGACUCAAGCACCGGGCAGGACUGGGAGGAAGGAGAUGGGACAACGUCUGUUGCCAUUCUGGCAAGCUUACUUGUGAAGGAGGCUAGCAAGAUGGAGAUACACCCAACAAAGAUCCUCAAGGGAUACAGAAUGGCGCAGGCAAAGUGUGAGGAGACGCUGGACAAGAUUAGCUUUAAGCCUAGCAAGGAAGACCUCGCCAAGCUUGUUAGGACUACCCUGUGCUCCAAGGUCUUGAAGUAUGAUCUGGAGAAGUUCUGCGAUAUUUGCGUCAAUGCUGUUGAAAAUCUUGAGGGGAGGAGCGACUUAAAUCUUAUACAGAUAAUCAAGUGCUCUGGAAAGCUUGAGGACUCGUAUCUUGACGACGGGUUUCUUCUGAAAAAGGACAUUAGAAUAGAGGAAGUAAAUGACCCAAAGAUCCUGAUAGCUAAUACUAGCAUGGAUCAGGACAAGAUCAAGAUAUUUGGUGCAAAGAUCAAUGUGUCUUCUGUUAGCGAGCUAGAGGAGAUGGAAAAGAUGGAGAAGGACAAGGUUCGGGAGAAGGUCGAGCGCAUUUCGCAGAAUGGGAUUAACAUGUUCAUCAACAGACAGCUGAUAUACGACCAUCCUCUCCAGCUCUUGAGGAUAAAAGGAAUCCAGGCGAUCGAGCAUGCAGACUUCGAUGGGGUUGAAAGGCUUUCCAAUGUGCUUGGGGGGAAAAUACUGAGCACCUUCGACAGUAUAGACGAGUCUUCCUACGGUACAUGUAAGAAUGUCAAGAAUGUCUAUGUUGGGAACGAGAGAGUGAUAAAGUUCAGUGGAGUGAGAGGUGGAGCAAGUACCAUUGUUUUAUGUGGAUCGUCAAGGGAGAUGCUGGAUGAGGCAGAAAGAAGUGUCCACGAUGCACUAUGUGUUCUCUCAAAAAUAAAAGAGGACCCGCGUGUUGUUUACGGAGGAGGGUCAAGCGAGAUGGCGAUGGCUGUUGCACUGAACAAUUAUGCCAUGGAGGUUCCUGGUGUUGAAAGUGAGGCCAUUUUGGCGUUUUCAAAUGCCUUGCAGCAAAUUCCAAAGAUACUUGCAGAUAAUGGAGGAUACAACGGAGAAGAGAUAAAGGCAAAUUUAAGAGCAGAGCAUAAUUCUGAAAAGGUAAGCUACGGGGUGAAUGUAAGGAGUGGAGGUGUAGGCUGUAUGAAAGAAGCCGGGGUGAUUGACAGUUUCAGAAUCAAGCACCGCAUUAUCAAAGCCGCAUCCGAGGCUGCGCAAAUGAUAGUUAAGUGUGAUGCAAUUGUCAAGUGCAGACCCAGAGAAAGAACAAGAGAAUAA